UCACACACACACUCAAAGUUGUAGAGAAAGACGAGAACCAGAGGAGGAGGAGGAGAGUUUAAUUUCAGAAUGAGUCGACAACAUAACAGUCCAGCGAUGGAAAGCACAGAUCGAUAGCCCGACCUAUAGAUCGAUACACAGCUUCAGAGAUAGACACCCUAUCCGUUAGCGAGUGUGUGUGAAGCAGAAUAGGGAAGAAAAAAGGAGGAGAAACAUGAGUCGGCAGCAGCAGCAGUCCCAGGGAGUGGUUUUAACGGGUUACCACAGCAACGCCGAACUGUUGCCGAAAACCGGACCGUGUGCUGCCAGCUGCCCGUCAGCCCUGGACCCCGAGGCCGGCGCGCCCAGCCGCAGAACAGGCCACUACACUGUUCAACAGAACCAGAACACACAUCAUGGAGACAGAUACGGGCCUUCCACUACCACCAGCAUUUCCACUUGCCCCAGGUCUCAGCCCUCCUCCAGCCCGAAGCCAGGCUCCAGCCCCAGACACAGUCCCAAUUCCAGGUCCAGACCUCGACCCACGUAUCAGCGCUGCAACUCUCAGGACUCUCUGGACGAUCUGGAGAUGGACGACUAUUGGAAGGAGGUGGAGAAUAUCAAUCGCUCAGGAGAAGGCGCAGGGAGGGGAGAAGGUAGCGGAGAAGGGGAAGUGCAAGACGAGGAGCAGCAGAAAAUUCCUGAGGAAGGUGAACAGGAGGAGGCGUGGCUUACAGAGGCGGGGCUAGCACGGCUGUUUGAUGAUUCACUGGCAGUAGACCAGGAUCAGGAAGAAGACAACGCGGUGUUCCUGUCCACACUGACCAGAACUCAGGCGGCAGCUGUAGAGCGUCGUGUGACAUCACUACAGCAGACGUUGCUACGGCGCCGCAACCGGCAACACGUUCCUGAUGUUAGGGAUAUAUUUAGACCUCCUGAAAAGGGGGAUGAGCCUAGUAAACUCAAGGGGGGAAGUGAGAAUGGACAAAAAGAUGUCACUUCAGCUGAAACAGAGACAGAACUGAACGUUGAAGUGGCUUUUUCAGAGCAGGCGCUCACUUACAGGGAUAACCAUCAAAGGUUAAAAGUCACUACUAGCCCUAACUCACCUGACGACAAACUACCGAACUUUAAGCUGCUCCGAGAUAAAACAGGUCAGACCAGAAUAGGAGAUCUGUCUCCUCUGGAUAUGAAAAAGGUGCGUAGACUGGUGCUUGUGGAGUCGACUGCUCUGUUUGACACUGCUGGGAUUGACCUAAAGGCUCACAAAGCUGUCAAAGUUAAGACUAAAGAGAGUGGUUUAUUUGGUGUCCCCCUUGCCACUUUAUUGGAUCAGGACCAGAGGCGUGCUCCUGGAACCAAAGUGCCAUUCAUAUUGCAAAGGCUUAUUAGUCAUAUUGAGGAGGACGGAUUAGACACAGAGGGGCUGCUACGGAUCCCUGGAGCGGCCACUAGAGUCAAGUCACUGUGCCAGGAGCUCGAGUCCUCUUUCUACGAUGGGGUGUUUCCAUGGCAACAGUUGAAGCAGCACGAUGCUGCUAGCCUUUUGAAGCUGUUCAUUAGGGAAUUACCCCAUCCACUGCUGACUGUGGAGUACCUCAAUGCAUUUAUUGCUGUCAACAAGCUCCCCACAAAGAAGCAACAGCUGCAGGCUUUGAACCUGCUGGUCCUUUUGUUACCUGAGGCCAACCGGGAUACUCUGAAGGCACUAGUGGAGUUUUUCCAGCGUGUGAUCGACCAUCAGGCCAAGAAUAAAAUGACUCUCAACAAUGUCUCUGUUGUCAUGGCACCCAACAUCUUCAUGUUCAAGGGCUUCCGCUCCAAGGUUACAGAACAACAGGAGUUCUCCAUGGCAACCAGCACGGCCAACAUUGUCCGGCUGCUGAUUAGAUACCAGAAUCUUCUAUGGACAAUCCCCAAGUUCAUUGUGAACCAGGUCAGACAACAAAACAUGGAAAGUCAGCGGAAACAAAGUAAAGAGAGAGCUGUAAGAAAGCUGCUGAAGAAAAUGACAACCGAUAAACCAUCUGACAAAGCAGCCCCAGAGGAGAGUUCGCAGGGAUUUAUUCGAGUCCAAGCACCGCAGUUCAGUAAAGUGUCUAUGGUGGUUCAGCUUACUGAAGAGCUGCAGGCUGCUGAUGUAUUAACACGCUUCCUCAGCCAGGACAGUUCAGUGUCAGUGAAACGAGAAGAGCUGUGUCUCUAUGAGAUUGGUGGAAACAUCAAGGGGAGAUGUCUAGAUGGGGAAACGUAUAUGAAAGACCUCAUCCAGCUGAACCCUACAGCAGAAUGGGUCAUCAAAGCUGUACAGCGAUAAUCCUGCUGCACGCUUGACUACUCCAAAUGUUCACCAUCGCAUCCUACUGAGAAGAGACCUCACCUGGUUCGCUGUGGUUUCUGCUGGUUCUGGACUUACUGGCACAAUCCACUUUGUAGCAGAGACAUUUCUCAGCACAGGUGGUUGCAUAGGGUUCACACAACUAGCUGGUCCUGAGAACUGCCAAAAAAAUACAAGUAGUCCAAUGGUAGUUUUAAAAUGUAUGAAACUCCUUUUGGUGAAAUCUGUGUGGAAAUACUUUUUUUCUCCACUAAGUAGAACAACCAGAUUGUGAGACAAGAAAAAGGGAAAAGUAUGUUCUUGGAUUUACAAUAACACAGACUUUUCCAUUUUUCCCACCCUGCAUUAUGGUACAAAUUAGAAUUUUGGGUCUCAUGUACCACCAACCUAAAGUAUGUGCAGAAGAAAACCACUUGUUUUUAUUAAACCUUGUCAUUUGUGGAGUCCUGACAGACCAGUGUUGUACUGUGAUGGAAGUAUACCAUUUCUCCCACUUUGUCACAGCACUUUAGCCCCAAUAUUGUGAUUCUUAAUAUUAUGUGCUACUGCAAGUAUUGCAGUUGUAUACUGUGAUUGAUUGCCACUAAUCACUUUGUUGUGUCUGCAGUAAUAAGUUGAAAUAGUUAAGUUAUGGGGCGAUAAAAUAUCAAUAUUCUAUUAAAUCACAAAUUAAUUACAUAACAUAAAUAAAUUUAAGGUCUAUUUUUAUUAUGACAAUAUUGGCCUUUAUUUAUUUAUGGUUUCAAUAAAAUCCUUAAAAAGCAAAUAUAUGUUCACAAUGUUAAAUGUUUAUGUAUCAAAUUGGAGUGAAUGUAAGGGAGGGGCCACAGCAGUGACCCCAAAACUUUUCAUAAUUAUAUCGUCACUGACAGCUAACCGGGGCACGCAAUGAUGAUAUCACUGUUUUUAAGGUACAUUAAUAUUGCUGUACGUUCUAACUUUUUAAACCGUUGAUGUUUGAGUGUGUUAAUGUGUGAAUCCAUCUUCAAAAACUGCUAGUCACCAGUGAACAAACACAUUUUAUAUAUAGCCUCUGUGUAAACUCGCUUGGAAUUUAAUUGCCUUACAAGUUUUGUACCAAAGAUUUGAUAAUUUUAAAAAUAUUUAGCGAUGAUUUUAAAGAAAUAAAUUGCUGACUGUAUAAAUGGCCUUCAGUGAUACACUCACAUGAUGGGUUGCAAAAGUAUCUGGACAUUACUACUUUUAGCUUGUUUUGAUAUUUGACUCUGUACACUUCUCAGUCUGGAUAUGAGUUGAUAUAGUCCUCUGGUAAACGUUGUAUUAAUCCAGGAAUAGAAAAUCUCAAUUUUAUUUUUUUGGCACAUAUCUGUACUUCUCUUGGCUUUCACUAAGAAUCUAAUCUAAUUCUGUGUAGUUUCUCAGUUUCAACAGUCUGUGGAAGAUCAUAAUCUGUACCACAGAGUCAAACAUUGCAGAUGUAACUCUUGUGAAGAGCUGUGAAGUGUUAACAAAUAUUCUGUCACUGUUCAAAAAUUCACUUCCUGCCUUUUAUUAUCUGUUUACUGUGAAUGUUUUUUUUUUCAGAUUAUGAUGUCUAUGGCUUAUUACUGCCUCUGAAAUGACCACUAAACCAACCUGUAAAUAAAUAUGCAAUUAUUAAUUACCACA